AUGGCAUUCUUUUUAGUCUCCCUCCGUCGCCUGCGGGCGUCGCGUCCGGCGCGUCUGCCUCUCUAUGAAGAACCGGGUUCGCCCGUUUCAACGAAGGAACGAUAUUCCACUACAGAUGAUUCCUCAGAAACCGAUACCGAUGAAGACGACAACCUCCCCGACUGCUCAUUACUAUCACCCGCCGAGACCGGCUCAAGACAGAGCUCCUCGUCCCAAUCCUCGACGAGCCACAUGCUCCCCAGAAAACCCAUCGCUCGGCCGAGGCGUCCUCCUGGGCGUUAUCUUUCUAGGCUGCGGAACAAGAUCGUACGCUACCUAUGCAUUGGCCUGAUAACAACCAUUGUGCUUUUCAUCUUCAGCCUUGUCCGCGCAAGCCAGGUUGAGAACCGAAGGAUAGCAGCCGGGAUGGUCGAGAAGAAACCUCCCCCACCCCCAGCGUGGGAGUCGUUCGAUUUCCUCACAAGGUAUUACGGUGGGAUCAGGACUCUGGUACCGUUGUCGGAGAAUAUCCCGGAAUAUCCCAGACUUGAGGACGAACAACCCUACAAUGCUAGCACGAGCGCGAGGUCGAGCAAGAGAGGCAACGAUGCCAACGAACUUGGCCCUGCCUACCGAGCACUGGCCCCAAGCAAGACGUUCAGUGACCAUCCGCAGUCCUUUACCAGGGACGGCGCCAAGGAGAUCAGGGAAUGUUUCUUAGACCCUCAAAACACCGUGAGGGUGCCACCUAUCCGGUAUUACGACGGCCGACCUAAAGGAUUUCCGAACAAUGUUCUUGGCUCUUAUGAUCUCCUAUCGAUCCCCGAGGAUAUUUGCUUCGAGAGAUACGGGCGAUACGGCCCUUACGGAUUCGGGUAUCCCAUCCGAAGUGGCGGUCUCGGCCUCGGCGCACACGGCGAAAAUGAAGGCUCCGGUGACGUCUGGCAGGCUGUCCCUCGGGUCGACUGGAGUAAACUGGACUGGGCGGACAUACAGCGGAGAUGCUACGAGGUAAACGCACAGCGGUACAGCCCCGUCGUAACCCGACCAACACUCUCCCGCGGCUUUUAUGUUGGAGAGGAGUCGGGGGCUGCGGAGUUAAAGACUCGAGAGGGUGCCCCUCCCCAAAUGGUCAAGGCAAGUCGACCCGUUGCCUCUUCCACUGCGUCUGCAGAGGCUCCGGCGAAGACGAACGGGACGAUGCCUCGUACAGCUUUCGUGGUUCGAUGCUGGGAUGAGUUCGAGUGGAAUGAGGACGACAUAAUGAACCUGAGAUCGCUCAUCGCCGAAAUCGCGCUCGCCUCGGGAGGCCGCUACGAUAUCCAUCUUCUGGUGGAAGUAAAGAACGAUGCGAAGUACCCAAUCUGGGCAGAUGACGAAGCGUAUCGCAACAGGAUCAAGGAGUCCGUCCCAGAAGAGUUCCAGGGGCUGGUUACUCUCUGGGCCCAGACACAGAUGCUCGCUCUCUACCAAGGCAUUCACGACCUUUACUCCACCGGUCCAGACAAUCCGGUCCACGGAGCAUACCGUGGCUUGCAGAUGGCCAUGCAGCACUUCGCCUACGGGCAUCCCGAGUACGACUACUUCUGGCAAUGGGAGAUGGAUGUCCGCUACACCGGGCACUACUACGAUCUGAUCUCCAAGCUCGAGGGCUGGGCCAAAGAGCAGCCUAGAAAGGGCCUUUGGGAGCGCAAUGCUCGGUUUUACAUGCCCGACGUCCACGGCACCUGGGAAGACUUCAAGCAAAUGGCCCGGGUACAAUCCGAUCUCGGCACCGUUGGUGCAGGUAAUGUCUGGGGUGGCGUCCCCGGUUCAGCGAAGGAACCACCAGUAAAGAAAGCAGAUGAAAAUGUGUGGGGCCCAGUAAGGCCAGUGGACGAGGAGGACUGGUACGAGACCGACAACGACCCUCAGCCACCGACCACACAAGAGCGGGAUAAAUAUUCCUGGGGUGUUGGCGAAGAGGCGGACUUCAUCACGCUCAACCCCCUGUUCGACCCCGAGGGUACGACCUGGGGUCUCGCCAACGACAUCACGGGCUACAACGAGACCGAAGGCAUCGCCAAGCCCCCGCGGCGGGCCCAGAUCAUCACCGCAUCCCGCAUGUCGCGCCAGCUGCUCAUGACGAUGCACCGGGAGACGGCAUUCAAGAAGCACCACGCCUUCCCCGAGAUGUGGCCGGCGACGGUGUCGCUGCACCACGGGUACAAGGCCGUCUUCGCGCCGCACCCGGUCUACGUCGACCGCGAGUGGCCGGUCGAGUACAUGGCCCGCGUCCUCAAUGGCGGCCGCAACGGCGCGUCGGGCGGCUCCAGGGCGUCCGUCUUUGGCGAGCGCGAGCACAACCUGCGCGGCCUGACGUGGUUCUACAACUCGGGCUUCGGCGGCAACCUGUACCGCCGGUGGCUGGGCCUCCGCGUCAACAACGACGGCGGCGAGGGGUUCGAGACCACGGCCGACCUGAGCAAGAACGACUCGGCUGUCCCGUUCAUGCGCGGCGGCGAGGGCCGCAUGUGCCUGCCCCCCAUGCUCCUCCACCCCGUCAAGGGUGUCGUGCUGCCGGUCGAGGGUACUCCAGACGAUGGCGAGAUACCCGAGUCGGAUCCUGCCGCGUAGCGCAAGCCGGGUGGCUUGGGUUAUUCUUCCUUUUUCGUCGUUGAUGAAGUGGUCUGGGGCUGGCAUACUCUGGUUGGCUCUGGUCUGGUAGAUACGGGCUGCACGGUUUUUGGCAUUCUUGUAAGGCGUUUAGCCCGGAUUAACGGCGUUGGUUGAGCAUGUGACAUAUGGUGCUGC